CCCCUUUGUCGCGUCUUGGUAUCCUUCUUAUGCUGCGCCGUCUCAUGACUUAGGAGACGUGGUUCUCACCGAGGGUACGUACGUUGUGGCUCAGAAGGAAAUUGCUGCUAGCCAGUCUGUCAUCUUGCACAAUGCCUCGAGGCUCAGCUAUCAGGUACAUGGCGUCCUUCCCGCCGAGUCUCAGCGCGUUAUCUCAAAGCGCAGCCUCGGCUCUCCAACAAUGCGGAGAAUAGCGGCCAAUAGUCCUAUGCCUCUCCGCAUUCUCGACUUCGACCUCUCGCCAGAUGUGGGAAUUUCGUCAGGACAAGGGAUCCGGUUUUCGGAUCCGAUUGACUCGUUUCUCAUUUGUGCAUGCAUAUAUAAACACAGGCUGCUGUGAAGAUCCCUGAUUGCGGAUGUGUUGACCAACUUCACGACCAGUGCUUCUUCAAAUCACCAACAUGGCUCCGGUGGCUACUACCAAUGGCUAUGGGGGGAUGUAUCUCCCCGACGACCCUGACAGGGCAGGGCUUGCUCAAAGGGAACAAAAGCGCCCGCUGUUGAACAACCCAUCGCCCGAUGACGUUGAGAUUCUGGAGCAGCUGUACGGGUCGCGCAAGAAAAUGCGCAUAGCCGUCUUGGGAGCAGGCAUGUCUGGUCUGAACUUCUUCAAGACCGCGGAAGAGAGACUCAAGAAUGUCGAGAUCAUCUGCUACGAGAAGAACGAUGACGUCGGCGGAACUUGGUACGAGAACCGCUAUCCAGGCUGUGCUUGCGACAUCCCUAGCGUGGUGUACCAGUUCCCCUGGAAACCUUCACCAUGGUCCAGGUACUAUUCCUACUCGCCUGAAAUUUGGGAUUACAUCAAAAAGGUCGAGCAGGAGAAUAAUUUUAUCGAGAAGUACGUCAAGUUGCGACACCGAAUUGUGGCUCUUUCUUGGGACGAGGGUACCGCCCAGUGGAGCAUCAAGGUGCAGGACCUUAGUACCGGACGUGAAUUCGAGGACCAUGCAGAUAUGAUUAUCGAUGGGGGCGGCGUUCUGAAUAAGUGGAAGUGGCCCGACAUUCCCGGCCUGCACGAUUUCAAGGGUACCCUCCUCCAUUCGGCGCAAUGGAACCAGAACACAGAUCUUAAGGGUAAACGGGUCGCGCUGGUUGGCGCCGGAAGCAGCGCCGUUCAGAUCCUACCGAAUAUCUACGACAAAGUCGACAAGGUGUACACGUGGAUUCGGAACAAGAUCUGGAUCACUGCGGGUUUUGCUCAAGCAUUCGCAGGCAAAGACGGAGCCAAUUUCAUCUACAACGAGGAACAACGAAAGUUGUUUGACGACCCCGACGAGUAUCUCGCAUACUGCAAAAUGAUCGAAGGGGAACUCAAUCAACGCUUCGGUUUCAUCAUCAACGGUUCCGAGGCCCAGAAUGCCGCACGCGAGUACUCCGAGAACGAGAUGAGGACGCUGCUGAAAGACCGUCCGGACUUACUCGAGAAGAUCAUGCCGACCGAUUUCUACGUCGGAUGUCGUCGUCCCACUCCCGGAAACGGGUACCUGGAAUCCCUCACGGGCGAGAAGACCACGGCGUUUGCCUCGCAGCUACAAAAGAUCACGGAGAAGGGCUUCAUCGACCCGGACGGCCAAGAAAGAGAAGUCGACGUGAUAAUCUGCGCCACGGGCUUCGACACGUCUUACAAGCCUCGCUUCCCCCUGGGCGUGAACGGGGUCUCCAAGAACGAAGAAUGGAAAGACCACCCCCACGUUCCUUCCUACCUGAGUCUCGGAUUGGCCGAGGUGCCCAACUACUUCGUCUACGGAGGCGCCUAUUGUCCCUCGGCGCACGGCAGUUUCUUCCCCCUGAUCGAAGGGUACUGCAACUAUACAAUCCAGGUGAUUGAGAAGAUGCAGGUGGAGAACAUCAGGAGCGUGAGGCCCAAGGCGAAGGUUGUGGAUCAAUUCCUGCGGCAUGCAGACUCGUUCUUGAAGAGGACGGCAUGGACAGGGCCCUGCUCAAGCUGGUUCAAGGGCGGCAAAGUCGACGGCAAGCCCGCCGUCUACCCGGGCUCGCGCCUGCACUUCCUGCGCCUGCUCGAGAAGCCGCGCUUCGAGGACUACGAGAUCGAGUACGACGACCCGGACAACAUGUUUGGCUUCUUCGGCAACGGCUUCCACGUCUGCGAGAGGGACGGCAGCGACAUCACCUGGUACAUGGGCAAGCCGGGGCGGGAGGUGGACGCGGAGAAGAUCAAGAAGAUCAUGGACGGCACUAAGGGGAUUGAGAUGAAGAGGCCGUCAUGAUCGGUCGGUCGGUCGGUCGGUCGGUCGGUCGG